UAUUAUCGACUGUCAUCACUGCUCAUCAUCAUCAUCUUCUUCCUCCUCUACUUCCUCUUCUUUUUCGUCACCCAAAAUCGAAUUUAUCUUUGCUCUCCCCAACUCCACGCCUAUUCUUCCAUUUUCUCCAACAUCCCGCAACUUUCAUGGAUAGAGAUACUUCUAAUCUUUGCAAAAACAACCUAACCCCAUCAAAUCCUUAAAAGCUAGCUCUUUUCUUUUUUUAUUUUUAUAAAUUCUUUUGGGGACCCUAGAUGUUAGAGCGAUGGAUAUAACCCCCACCAUCACCACCACCACUACCACGACGACCGGUGCUGCAAAAUCCCCAGAAGCUGACAGUGAGACGCCAACCCGGAUCCAACCGUCCAAGCCCUUAUCUUUCUCCAACGGCGUACUCAAACGCCACAAUCCCCACCAUCAGCAGUAUCAACACCACCACCUCGCCAACCCGCAACUAGUUGUCACCUACAAAGAAUGCCUCAAGAACCAUGCAGCCUCUUUAGGAUGCCAUGCUCUGGACGGCUGCGGCGAGUUCAUGCCCUCCCCUUCUGCCACCUCCGCUGACCCAACAUCCCUCAAAUGCGCCGCCUGUGGCUGCCACCGCAACUUCCACCGCCGCGAGCCGGAGGACCCAAUCUCCGCUACCACCACCACCACUCAUGUCAUUGAGUACCAGCCCCACCAUCGCCACCACCCUCCGCCGCCGCCGCCACCAGCCUCGAAUCGGAGCCCCAAUUCAGCUUCCCCACCACCGAUCUCGUCCUCCUACUACCCCUCCGCGCCCCACAUGCUUUUGGCUCUCUCUGGGGGCCUACCAGCUCCGCCGGAGAGCGCAGCUGAGCCUACAAACGCUUUGGCCACGCUGAGCCCGAAUGCUAGAAAGCGGCACAGGACCAAGUUCAGCCAGGAACAGAAAGAGAAGAUGCACCAGUUUGCGGAGAGAGUGGGGUGGAAGAUGCAAAAGAGAGACGAGGAAUUGGUGCAAAAGUUCUGCAAUGAAAUUGCGGUGGAAAAGGGUGUGCUGAAGGUGUGGAUGCACAACAAUAAGAACACCUUUGUGAAGAGGGAUGCGAAUGGUGGUCAGAACAGCAACAUUCUUGAGCACACCCACACCCACAACAACGGCAACACCACGACCGCCAACAACAACGAAAACAUCAACCUGGGCGAGAACCCGAAUCACUAUCAGAGUGACAGCGGGGCUCAUGGUGCUACUAAUGGGUCAUCUUCGUCUUCUUGAUCUUUGAUGGAAUAAUAAGGAGGUGUUAGAUUAUAGGGUAAGACUCUUUGGGGUAUUAAUUAAUUGUAGUCGUUUCUUGCUCAGUUUAAUUGUUUUUUUUUUCUUAGUUUAUAUUAAUGAGAUGAUGAUCACUUUGUUGAGGAUAUCA